AUGGCGCCUGCUACAAAAAAACGCCGAACCGAAAUAGAGGAGGGUGAUGAAGAAGUUAGGGCCAAAGAGACUAUCGGUGGGCUCUCUUCGGAAGAAGAAAUGGAGGCUGUUUCUAAGGAGGACGACUUUGGAGACCGAACCUUUGAGGCGAAAUCAAAACCACGAAAGACCCCCAAACACUCUUCUUCCGAGCAGGAAAAAGCGCAGGCUAUUAGCGAGAGCUAUGAAUCCAAGACCAACGUGUUCCGAAUGGAAACUGAGGAAUUGCUCUCUGAAAUCCGUGUGGACUAUCGCAAAAGAAUGGCACCGGCAGAGAAGAUGCUGCACAAGCUUAAGAAUAUCAUCGAAAAGAUCCCACGCAAAACAGGUGCCACUAUUGAUAAGGUUGAGGGGGAAAUGCGAAAGUGCAAAAUCCAUAUUCCAUUCCCGGAGCCGAGGCCAGGAGCAGACAUCAAGUACAAGUUCUCGUACGAAAGGCCGGCAUACAUGAAUAUCGCGGGAAGCUACGCGCUUAAGACUGUCGCAAAACAGCACGAAGGCUUUGCUAUUGACCUAAUUAUUCAGAUACCUUCAACCGUUUUCCAGGAGAAAGACUACCUCAACUACCGGUAUUUUCACAAGAGGGCUUAUUAUCUUGCUACAAUCGCAGAAGCUAUUCAGGACUCUGGUUUAGAUUUACAGCUUUCCUAUGUUGAUCUUCACGAUGACCCUCUAAGACCUAUCAUUGUAGCCGCCCCAAGCGGUGGCAGUGAAACAGACUUCACAACCUCGAAGUGCCUCAUCCGCAUUAUUCCUGCUAUUGCCAAGAACACCUUCUCAGCCUCUAGGCUACGUCCCGACAGAAAUGCCGUAAGACCCGUUGCUGAGAGAGACACAGCCAAAAACUCACUCCCACCAACCCCUCGAUACAACUCUUCAAUUUUGGCCGAUACAACUUACUUCGAGCAUCUCGCACAACUGCAUGACAUCUCCUCCGAAGCCAAGGUUUUCAAAGACGCUUGCCUGCUGGGUAGGACAUGGCUUAGGCAACGUGGAUUUGGUUCCAACAUUAAUCAAGGAGGAUUUGGCCAUGCUGAAUGGUCAAUAUUGAUGUCGCUGCUGCUGAAGGGCGGUGGCAGCAAAGGGAAUAGUGUUCUCGCAAAAGGGUACAGCAACUAUCAGAUGUUCAAGGCUAUGCUGCAGUUUUUAGCCACUCGUGAUUUAAUCGUGAACCCAUUACUCUUUGACGUAGAGUCAGAGUGCGCGCGCUGGCCCAAUGGGCCUAAUGUGUUCGAUGGGAAGAUUGGAUUGAACAUAUUAUUCAAAAUGACAGAGUGGGGAUAUCGUCUGUUAAAACAUGAAGCAGAGAUAACACUAAAGCUCUUAAGUGAUCCAGUAAUGGAUCAUUUCGAAGAAGUUUUCUUGCACAGGCUUGAUGACCCCCGCUUCAAGUUCGAUGCAUUAGCAUAUAUUCCGAUUCCUGAAUGCCUAAAUAAAAAUAAUGGGCUUGAUCCCCUACUCUCGUUUUCUCAAAAGCUGUACGACAUGUUAUCUACGGGCCUUACCGACAGGGCAAAGCUCAUUCAUUUGACCCUUCCUUCUAUUUCAGAUCUACCGGUUAGAGCUGAUGGAAUCAACCGCAGUCCUGCACCGGCUGCACAAAUAAUUGUUGGCCUCCUGCUCAAUGCAGCACAAUGCAACCGUGCUGUUGAUCAUGGGCCCCCAGCCGGCCACAAGGAUGGUGCCUCAUAUCGCGUGUUUUGGGGGGAUAAGGCUGAACUCCGUCGUUUCAAGGAUGGAAGCAUACUUGAGAGUGUAGUGUGGGGCACCAAGGAUUCGAAACAAUCUAUAUAUAAUCAAAUCAUUCAAUACCUGGUAGCCAAAAACUUCGGUGACGGAAUAGGCAAUCACAUCAAAUUUAUUGGGGACGAAUACACGACCGCGGUUGGAGGGGGGAGGGAUGUUAGCUUAUUUCAACCCGCCAUGGCAGCUUUCGAGAAACUCAUCAAAGAACUCAGGAAUCUUGAAGGGCUUCCAUUAGCCAUCCGGCAGGUUUCUGCUGCGGCACCAGUAUUGCGAUAUUCGAGUGUGGAAGUGCCACUCCUCUCAUCUGGUCAGCUAAUGCAGCCCGCAGACGUGGUUGUUCAGUUCGAAAGUUCCGGCCGAUGGCCUGACGAUCUGAUUGCCAUCCAAAAAACCAAGACCGCAUUCCUCCUUAAGAUGUCUGAGCUUCUAGAAAAGGCUGGCACUGUCACUCGCAUUGGGCUAGAAAACAUCGACUAUCCAACAAUGAACUCGGCAUUUCUGGAGGUUGUCUAUUACGAAGGUUCAGCAUUCCGGAUUCGGAUCUAUCAUGAUCGUGAGCAAACCCUUCUGGAGCGACAGCUCUUGAACAAAGAUCUUCCAGGUAAGAAACGGGAUGAGGUCACUGCGGCACUUUCAGAACAUCGCAGAAGGUUUAUUGUCGGCCCACUUCACACUCAGGAAGUGCAGAAGUUGUCUCAUCGCUUCCCAGCCCUCUCACCUAGUAUCCGUCUGCUCAAAAGAUGGUUUCAAACACAUCUCUUGUCAAGAGAGAUUUCGGAGGAGCUCGCUGAACUAAUGACCAUCCGUACAUUCGUUGCUACUUCCUCUCCACCGAAUAGUGUUAUGAGUGGAUUUCUCCGAACACUACACUUCAUUUCUCUAUGGGACUGGCGCGCUGAGCCGGCUGUCAUUGGUACAGUCGCUAAAAACGCCUCCGAAACCUUCGACGCCAUUCGAAAAUCCGAUCCUGCCAUAAACAGACAUGCUAUGGUUAUCCCUACCGAGUAUGACCCUACGGGAACUACUUUCACAGAAUUUGGUCCGAGAAAAGUUGUUGCAGCAAGGGUCACAGCGUUAGCAAGGUCUGCCAUUGGUGCUAGUUUUAAGAAUAUGUUUAUCUCUUCAACAAAAGACUACGACUUCGUGAUGUAUAUCGAACCCAAAUACACUCUACCUGGUAUCCGCUCAAAAAGUUCAAAAUUCAAAAACCUACAGAAGACCGAAAUCACUCCUCAAGAUAUUGCCAAGUUAGGCCUAAACGUUCCCGACACCUUUGUCGAUGAGCUUAAUGAUAUUUAUGGAGAUACCGUCAUCUUUUUCACGGACGGAAAUAUAAUAGCUGGGCUCUGGAAUCCCUCAUCUGAAAGUGGAAGGAGAUGGAAAGUUAACAUCCCAUAUUCUACAAUUCCACAGGUGAGGGGAAAUGGCGAGGAGGUUUUGGUGCUGAACAAGAAGUCUAUAUUAAAUGAGAUUUCAAGACUUGGGGGAGAGAUCCUUACGAAAAUUGAAAUCAUUAAGUAG